UUGCUCAGGAAAUAAAACGUGUUUCUUUCUAGGUAACAUUCUUGGAGUGAUCAGAGACCAUCAGAAGUUGGUCUACACCUUCAGACUGAUGCGUAGAGCAAGUUUUAUAAACGAGUUUGUGUCCAUUUCAACCAACUUGACCGACCGAUGUGUAUAUAUUUCUUCUGAUGGGGGCCGUUUGUGCAGACCCUACAUCAUUGUGAAGAACGGACAGCCAGCUGUGAAGAACAAACACAUUGAGGAAUUGUCUCAGGGAUGCAGAACGUUUAAGGACUUCCUUCAUGAGAGUCUGGUGGAGUAUUUGGAUGUAAAUGAGGAAAAUGACUGUAACAUUACUUUAUAUGAGCAUAUGAUCACCAAGGACACGACCCAUUUGGAGAUCGAACCGUUCACGCUGCUGGGGGUUAAGGGAUGUAACG